AGGAAAUGAAUGUAUUAUUGAAGUGUUUUAUCAGAUUCAAACAGAUUAAAACAGUAUCAAGUUAUUUUAUUUAUUUAUAAGCUUAAUUUUUCCUGAUCAACCGAACUUCUGCUCCUAAUCUUUGGACUGAAUACAAACUAUCAAACGAAACAUGCUCAGAACAGCUCGGAAACCGAAAUCAAAAAGUUUUGAAAAGCACAAGGAAAGUUUCUGUGAAUUGUUUGCAUGGUGAUAACACAAGUACACAAACUAAAUUUAGUGUUUACAAUGAAUGGUGAAAUUAUCGACAAUUUCAAAAUAGAAACAUCAAACAGAAACUAUUCAACUGAAGAGAUCAAAGAAUACCUGUCAGCUCUACAACAUGAGUCUACUCUAGCUUUUAUACCAGCUCUGAUCUACCUGUCUCUUCUCAUUGUCGUGGGCAGUAUAGGUAACUGUCUGGUUCUUAUCGUCUAUUUGUCAAAGAUGGCGAUUACACCUCUGAGAAUAUUCAUCAUAAGCAUGGCCAUAUUUGAUUUACCUACAACUAUUUUAGUUAUACCUGGUGAGAUGUAUGACAUGUUACACGUGUGGGACUUUGACGAGCCUCUUUUCUGUAAAGUUAGACGAUAUUUGAAUGCAGCCAUCGUGUUGUCGUCUGUCUUUGCCUUGGUGGCUAUAGCCUCUACAAGGCACAGGAUGGUUUGUGAUCCACUGCGACAUCAAUGGACCGUCAAGCAAGCGAAGGUAGCCAGUUGUAUAUUAGCGACUGCUGCUUUCAUCCUCACGAUACCUUAUGGAAUAAUUCACGGGACACAGACAAUCAAAACCCCAAACCCUCAAAUCUCCGGUCACUUCUGCGAGGUGGAUGACUUGUACGUCUUAACGAUAUGGCCGAAUGUCAACUCUGCGUUUUUUAUUCUUGUGUUUAUUAUCUGUAGUUUGACCAUGAGUGUGUUUUACGUGUGCAUCGGACGUCAAACUUGGCAGCAAGGGAACAAGCAAAGGAGAGGUUUCAAUGCUAAAAGUUAUAACUCAACGACAAACCCAAGUGAAUCUUUUAUAUCGACCACAGUUCGUGAAAGAAAAGAAAUGAAAUGUAGAUUUGAAGAGAAAAAUAAAAUUUCGUACUUAAUUUCUCCACACAUUAGAGAUGAACCUUCGAUGACGGAGUCUGUUGAUAUUUCUCAAAUGGUCCAACAAAUUGGACAAUCAGAAGUCAGUCUGGCAUUGUCUCAUUCUAUUACACCGAAUGCACGUCACAAUAAAGAAAGCGAGAUCUCAGUUAGUGGUAUUGAUAUCAUGUCAGACAGCAAUGCAACCCUCAGAAAACAACUGCACCUGUCAAAGUCAAAGAGAAGAGACCGAAAUUCUACAUUUGGGAAGACUUCCAGGAUGAUGUUCACUAUUAGUCUUUUGUUCGUAUUGGGUUUUGUUCCAUUUCUUGCUUUGAACUUCUUCAAGACAGCUGCUCCAGAGAGUCAUGCCGCCUUGUCUGGUGUCUCUCUUUCAUUCUAUCAUCUUUUUCUCAGAUUAUAUCUGAUCAACUCUGCCAUCAAUCCUAUUGUGUACAGUUUGUUAGAUAGAAGAUUCAGAAGAAAGUGUAUACACUUGAUUGGAUGUUGGUCUCAAUAAAACAAUUAAAAGUUGAUCCAAUUUACAUACCAUUAAUUAAAAACUGUUAUGGAUUAUUGUUGUAGACGGUUGUUAACUUGAAGCACCAGAAUGUUGGUAGACAACUUCACCGCUGUAGGCGUAGUGUAUCUUAAUUUAUACAACUUAAAAUAACUUGAAUAACUUAUUAGUGAAUAAACUGAAAUGAACUUUUA